AUGGCAGCUCUCCUCCUCCUCCCGAUCCUCCUCGCCGCCGGCCUCGGCGGCUUCGGCAGUGCCGACCCGGCGCCGGCCACCAUCGUGCUCAAGGACGGCACGACCUGCACCCUGUGCGCGUCCUGCGACAACCCCUGCAACCCGUCCUACUACCCGCCCCCGUCCCCUCCCCCGGCGCCGGUCGCCACGCCCUGCCCGCCCACCACGCCGUCCUAUCCUACCCCCUCCGGCGGCGGAGGAGGAGGAGGCCCCAUCAUCUACUCGUCCCCGCCGCCUCCUGCUGCUUCCGGCGGCGGCGGCGGCGUUGGAGGCGGAGGCGGAGGCUUCUACUACCCGCCGCCCACCGGCGGGUCUGCUGGGUCCAGCGGCGGCGGAGGCGGCGGGUCGCAGCAGGGCGGUAUGUACCCGGCGCCGCCCCCGCCCAACCCGUUCCUGCCCUACUUCCCCUUCUACUUCUACAACCCGCCGCCGUCGUCGUUGCACUCAUCCGGCGCGUGGGCCGUGACGACGGCUGCCUCGUCGUCGUCCGCGGCGACGCUGCUCCUCACCAGCAUGCUGCUGCUUCUGCUGUGGUAG